AUGGAUGAUUCCUCCUUCGAAAUUGAUUACUACUCCUCUGGCCGCUCACGAAACCGUUAUCAGCGUAGGCAACGCAGGCACCCCAGCACUCCUGUUAACUCACAGUAUGAUUCACGUUCAUUUACACAAAUAAGCUUUACACCUACUCCAAAUAGGCUGCGUCAAACUCCUCCUUCCACACCUUUCGCAACAGACGAUGAUACGUCAUGGCAAGGUGAGCUUUCAUGGCAGUUUCAGCCCACAGGGUGGAGUGAUACCCGCGGCUUGGGAGCAGCUCUUAGCCCAUGGGCAGCUAGCACCCAAUCAAAUAGUCAUAUUUUUCGAAGAUCAGCAAAUGACUACUAUCUUUCACGUACACAUGGUGGGUUUAGAAGCUUUACAAAUCCAUAUUAUGAUCAAUCUAGCUAUAUUGCUGUACCUGCUGGUAGGCUUGAGCUACAAAGCUACGUUGCUAGAGAUAAUGAGAGGUCAGCAAUUCAUCUUAGGGAUUAUAGCUCGGCUGCUUACAGGAAAUCCCAUGAUCGUUGGAUUUCAAGCCCAAGCUCGGGGUUUAUUAGGGGAGGGGCGCGCGGAAAUGCAAGUCCUUUGGCUGAUCAAGAUGAGCUUAGCAUGAUUGACUAUGACAGCGCGGAUGUUGAGAAACAGGGAGAGUUAUUGCAGACUGAUCACACUAAUCUCCAUGGCCAUGAUGAUUCUAGAUGGCUUUCGGUGUCUCAUGCUUAUAUGGAAGAUGAUGGUGUUAGUCAAUCGUACCAUGGUAUGCCACAUGGCAGGCACGAUCAUCCUGGUCGUGAAUUAUCCCUUAGCAGACAUGACGAUUUCCUCAGUGCUUAUGAUACUAAUAAAUCAACCAGUAAUUAUUAUGUUACUGAUCGUCAUCCAUAUGAUGACAUCAAUCGGGCUUCGGAGUAUGAAGAUGAAGAUUACGAUGAAGAGGAUGAUGACGAAGAAGCAGCACCAAAGCAAGUAGGGUUGUUUAGUCUGUUUAAAUACUCAACAAAAUGGGAUAUGGUUCUUGUGUUUUUGGGUUGUUUAGGAGCCCUCAUAAAUGGAGGGUCUCUUCCAUGGUAUUCUCUUCUUUUCGGAGAUUUUGUGAACAAGAUUGCUAAGGACUCUGAUGACGAAAUGAAGAAAGAAGUGACAAGGAUAUGUCUGCUUAUGACUGGACUAGCAGCAGGAGUUGUUGUUGGAGCCUAUUUAGAAAUCACUUGCUGGAGAUUGGUUGGGGAACGAUCAGCUCAUCGAAUAAGAAACAUGUAUCUAAGAGCAGUUCUAAGGCAAGACAUCACUUUCUAUGAUACGCAAGUCAGCACCAGUGAUAUUAUGCAUGGAAUUUCAAGUGAUGUUGCACAAAUCCAAGAAGUGAUGGGGGAGAAGAUGGCACAUUUUAUUCAUCAUAUAUUUACGUUCAUUUGCGGUUACGCAGUCGGGUUCAUAAGGUCAUGGAAGGUAUCUCUGGUGGUCUUCUCAGUAACUCCAUUGACGAUGUUCUGUGGCAUUGCUUACAAGGCCAUUUAUGUCGGUCUAGCUACGAAAGAAGAGGCUUCUUAUCGACAAGCUGGUGGCAUAGCUGAGCAGGCAAUUAGUUCGAUUAGAACUGUGUUUUCUUUUGUUGCCGAAGAUAAUUUGGCCAAGAAAUAUGCUGAUCUAUUGAUGAUGUCGGUGCCUAUCGGCGCAAAGAUUGGGUUUGCUAAGGGUGCAGGAAUGGGAGUUAUUUACUUGGUUACCUAUUCAACAUGGGCAUUGGCCUUCUGGUAUGGAGGUAUCCUGGUUGCGAGGGGUGAGAUAAGGGGAGGUGAUGCCAUAGCUUGCUUCUUUGGUGUCAAUGUAGGGGGAAGAGGUUUGGCAUUGUCACUAUCAUAUUUUGCUCAAUUCGCGCAAGGCACAGUAGCAGCAACCAGAGUAUAUGAAAUCAUAGACAGAAUUCCUGAUAUAGAUCCUUACAGUCCCCAUGGGAGGGUACUGUCAAGUGUCCGUGGAAGGAUCGAGUUCAAAGGCGUUACUUUCGCUUACCCAUCUCGUCCUGAAACUGUAAUUCUCCGCUCUCUCAAUCUAGUUAUUCCAUCCGCAAAGACUCUUGCAUUGGUUGGUGCUAGUGGAGGUGGCAAGUCCACCAUAUUUGCUCUCAUAGAGAGGUUCUAUGACCCCAUCCAUGGAGUAGUAACCUUGGACGGUAAUGACCUGAAGACACUGCAAGUCAAGUGGCUAAGAGGUCAAGUGGGCAUGGUUGGGCAGGAGCCAGCUCUGUUUGCCACCAGCAUACUAGAAAAUGUGAUGAUGGGAAAGGAGAAUGCCACAAAGAAAGAAGCAAUCAAUGCUUGCAUUGCUGCCAAUGCUCACAGCUUUAUCUCUGAUCUUCCUUUUGGUUAUGACACUCAGGAAAACUACUUAUGGACAGGUUGGAGACAGGGGAACCCAACUCUCAGGGGGCAAAAACAGAGAAUUGCACUAGCUAGAGCUAUGAUUAAGAAUCCUAGAAUCCUUCUCUUAGAUGAGCCCACCAGUGCCCUCGACCCACAGUCUGAAUCUGUCGUCCAGCAAGCCAUUGAUAAGAUUUCCACAAGCAGAACAACCAUUGUCAUUGCUCAUAGGCUAGCGACCGUAAGAAAUGUCAACACCAUUGUUGUUCUUGAUCAAGGCUCUGUAGUUGAAAGUGGCGACCAUCUCCAGCUAAUGGAAAAUGCUGGUGCCUACUAUGCCCUUGUCAAACUUGCCUCUGAAGCAGUUUCAAAACCUGCAUCGAAACAGAAGGAAGCUUCCAAGGAUACCGAGUUCUCUACGUACGAGAAAUCUGCUGAUUUGAGAUCUAAGAAUGCAUUUGAAACCUCAAAAUCAAAUUACUUAAAAUCAUUGCAAGUAGAGAAUCUUCAAGAGGAGGAAAUGCAGGAAAAUGCAAAGCCAAGAAAUUAUCAACUCUCAAAAAUUUGGGGUCUUCAGAGACCAGAGAUUGUCAAGCUUCUACUGGGCUUUCUUUUGGGUAUGCAUGCGGGUGCAAUACUUUCAGUCUUUCCUUACCUUCUAGGCCAAGCUCUUCAAAUCUACUUCGACAGCGACAAAUCAAAACUGAAGAAAGAUGUUGGCCACCUCUGUUUAAUACUUGUAGGCCUUGGAUUUGGUUGCAUUAUUUCCAUGACAGGCCAGCAAGGUUUAUGCGGAUGGGCAGGAACUAAACUUACCUUGAGAAUACGGGACCUCUUAUUUCGAUCUAUACUAAAGCAAGAACCUGGAUGGUUUGAUUUCGAAGAAAAUUCCAUAGGAGUGCUUGUUUCAAAGCUCUCAAUUGAUUGUAUCAGUUUCCGAUCCAUUCUUGGUGAUAGAUUCUCAGUCUUGUUAAUGGGUUUAAGUUCGGCUGCUGUUGGUCUUGGUCUGUCAUUUUAUCUUCAAUGGCGAUUGACUCUUUUGGCGGCUGCACUAACUCCUUUUACUCUAGGUGCUAGCUACCUGAGUUUGAUCAUAAACGUAGGACCAAAACUAGAUAAUAGCUCCUAUGCCAAAGCUAGCACAAUUGCUGCUGGUGCUGUUUCAAGUAUAAGAACAGUAACAACCUUCUCCGCUCAAGACCAAAUAGUGAAGUCCUUUGAUAGAGCCCUGGCUGAACCCAAGAAGAAAUCAGUGAGAAGGUCGCUAGUUCUAGGCCUAACACUCGGAUUUUUUCAAGGGGCAAUGUAUGGUGCAUAUACCUUAACACUAUGGUUUGGUGCCUACCUUGUAAGAGAAGGCGAUGCAAACAUUGGUGAGGUAUAUAAGAUUUUCCUCAUUCUUGUGCUAAGUUCGUUUUCCGUUGGACAACUAGCAGGGCUAGCGCCAGAUACUUCCAUGGCUGCAACAGCAAUUCCUGCUAUAUUCAAUAUCAUUCAUCGAAGGCCAUUGAUUGGUAGCGAUCAGGACAGAGGUAAAAAAGUAGAUAGAUCGAACCUAUUGGACAUUGAGCUGAAGAUGGUAACUUUUGCAUACCCCUCUAGGCCUGAGAUUAUUGUGUUGAGGGAUUUUUGCUUAAAGAUCAAAGGUGGUAGCAUGGUGGCCUUAGUUGGGGGUAGUGGGUCAGGAAAAUCAACUGUUGUAUGGUUGAUACAAAGGUUUUAUGAUCCUAAUCAAGGGAAGGUGACGAUGGGAGGGGUGGAUCUGAGGGAGUUGAAUGUCAAGUGGUUAAGGAGUCAAACAGCUUUGGUUGGUCAAGAGCCUGCGUUGUUUGCUGGUAGUAUAAGAGAAAACAUUGCAUUUGGAAAUCCUAAUGCUUCAUGGGCUGAGAUCGAGGAGGCUGCAAGUGAAGCUUACAUUCACGACUUCAUCAGUAGCCUCCCUCAAGGCUAUGAAACUCGGGUAGGAGAGAGUGGGGUUCAACUAUCUGGUGGCCAAAAACAAAGAAUAGCAAUAGCGAGGGCAAUUCUGAAGAGAUCAAGGGUGCUGCUGCUAGAUGAAGCAAGCAGUGCGUUGGACUUGGAAUCAGAGAAACACGUCCAAAAGGCACUAAAGAAGAUCUCUAAGAGGGCAACAACUAUUAUAGUGGCGCACAGGCUUUCUACCAUUAGAGAAGCUGAUAUGAUUGGCGUGGUGAAAGAAGGGGCAGUGGUGGAGUAUGGUAGUCAUGAUGCACUCUUGAAUUCGCAUCUUAAUGGAGUGUAUGCUACUAUGGUUCGUGCAGAAACUGAAACUAAUGCAUUUGCUUGA